UGCCGGGCUCUAGGAGCCGGAGGCUCGGGUGGCUGAACUUGUGAUCUCGCGGGAGAAGCAACGCCAGGCGGGCCGGUCACAAUGGGACUGGAAGCGGCGAGCGAGCUGGAGUGCGCGGCGCUGGGCGCGCUGCUGCGGGAGCCGCGGGAGGCUGAGCGCACCCUGCUGCUGGACUGCCGCCCCUUCCUGGCCUUCUGCCGGCGCCACGUGCGCGCCGCGCGUCCGGUGCCCUGGAACUCGCUGCUGCGCCGCCGGCUGCGGGGCCCGCCGCCCGCCGCCCUCGCCUGCCUGCUCCCGGACCGCACGGUGCGGGCGCGCCUGGCCCGCGGGGAGCUGGCGCGGGCCGUGGUGCUGGACGAGGACAGCGCGUCGGUGGCCGACCUCCCGCCCGACGGCCCGGCCCCGGUGCUGCUCGCCGCGCUCCUGCACGAGACCCGCACUGGGCCCACCGCUGUGUGCUUCCUGCGAGGAGGCUUCGAAGCCUUCCAAGCAUGUUGUCCUGAUCUAUGCUCUGAGUCCCCUGUCCCUGUGAUGCCGCCUGCUGGAGCUGAAAGCAGCCGCUGGGACCCCAGGGCGCCCUCGUAUGACCAGGGUGGCCCCGUGGAGAUCUUGCCCUACCUCUUCCUGGGCAGUUGCAGCCACUCCUCAGACCUGCAGGGGUUGCAGGCAUGUGGCAUUACAGCAGUCCUCAACGUCUCUGCCAGCUGCCCUAACUACUUUGAAGACCUUUUCUGCUAUAAGAGCAUUCCAGUGGAGGACAACCAGAUGGUGGACAUUAGUGCUUGGUUCCAGGAGGCCAUUGGUUUCAUUGACACGGUGAAGCACAGUGGAGGCCGGGUGCUGGUCCACUGCCAGGCAGGCAUCUCACGCUCUGCCACCAUCUGUCUGGCCUACCUGAUACAGAGCCACCGAGUGCGUCUGGAUGAGGCCUUCGACUUUGUCAAGCAGCGCCGGGGUGUCAUCUCCCCCAACUUCAGUUUCAUGGGGCAGCUGCUUCAGUUUGAAACUCAGGUUCUAUGUCACUGAGGCAGUGAUUGGAUUUCCAUGGCUGGAGUUCAUAUAGUGACUGUUUAUUGUGAGGGGAGCUGACUGAGUCAGCUGGGCCCACACAGACCCCCAUCAUCUCAGGGAGAGUUGCUCCUGGGAGUAUGUAAAGCCCCCAGCUGGGGAUGCUAGGAAUGCAGGAAUACUGGACUUUCUUACUUGGUGCUUUUCUGCCAGGGGUUUGAGGGCCAGCCCUAAGCAUGGAGGGUAUGUCUGCCUUCCUCCUCCCCUCCCACUGGUAGAGGUUAUUAUUGUUAAUAUAAAUAUCUAUAUAUCUAUCUGUAUCUAUAUAUCUUUUGUACAGUGAGGCUUUGUGCACACAUAGUUUCACCAUUCCCAGACUGCCUUUUCCUUCAGAGAGAGACAAGAAGAGACACCACCACACUGGAACUUCCUCCAGUACCAUAGCACUUCUGGUGUGGUGCUAGGUUUAAAUCUGGGCGAGUUGUCUCUCUGGCAUCACUGGUAGAAAUUAACUGGACUCUGCACCUAUAGUCCCAUUACCUUGGCAGCCGAAGAGCACCAAGGAACAAGCUGUGACAACCAGGGGUCCUAUCUAUGAGGGGGUAGUUCACCCCCCAGGGCCUGGAACCCUGUGACUGAGGGGGGGCGGAGUUGCAUUCAAUGUUGGAACAUUAUGUUUUGGACUUCUUGUUUGUGUGUCUGACUUUGACAGCUUUUCACACCAACAUGCCCCUGUUGGCGCUGGAAAGUUAUUUGUGUUUAACUGACAUUUAACACUCCCUCCCUCACUUCCUCCCAGCCCUGUGGGCUGGGGUUGGAAACUUAGCACUUUAUAUUUAUCCAGAACAUAUGAAGAUGUGUCAAUAAAAUAUUGUCUUGUUUUUAAAAACCAA